AUGCUAGUUCCUGGUGCGGUUCAAACAGAAAAGCGCCUCAUAGAGCUUCAACUCUCGUGGAGAUUACAGAUUAGCCUUAGCUUACGGGCCCUCGUAGUUCGUUGCAUCAAUGUUGAAGUUCUCUGCUCGCCGCCCAACGUCAAGAAUUACCUUGGCGCCAUUCACUGUCCAAUUUUCCUAAAACAUGUUCACCCUGCUGCAUUUGCAGAGACCUUCGCACGGGAGAGGCCCGAGUUCGUCUGGCAGGAUCGCACGGGCUGUUCGGUUUCCGAGCAGGCCAACGCAAAGCUCUCAUACGCAACUGUCUCCUCCAAGUACUCCGUUGCCUCACCCGCUGUCUCUUUGGAAGGUGAAGGUAAGCCUUCACUCUUUGAAGCAUCUUUCGGAAUUGAUAGCCCAGUAAUCCUACGGCCUCGCGAUAAUCCCAUUGGCUAA